AUUUCAAUUCAGACCUUCAAAUCAGUAAGAUGAAGUGAGACGAAGGAGAGGCUUCGGUAGUUUGGGGAGAUAACGAGAGCAGGGGAGGAAGGGGCGACUGACCGAAUCCAGCGUUUCUGUUCAGUCAGCCUGGCUGACGAUCAACCACGACGCAUCACGCAUGUAUAUAUGGCGAACCACUAAGCCGGCACCAAUACAGAGUACCUAAUCGAGUUCAUGCAGAUCACCGUGCCGCCCUGAUCGAAGCCCCUUCCAUUCUUCAUGUCAUGCUCCCCACUACUGCUAAACAAAGUCAAACCCUCCAUUUCUUUUAAGCGCCCCGCGCGUCGUAAACCCCCCAUCAGUUCAGUUCACGCAGCAUUAGCCCACCCAUACGUCGGAGCACGAAAUUAACACCGACCAUGCAGUCCCAGGAGGCCUCGGAAUCGCCAGCGCCAGCAACAGAGGCCCCACGAGAGGCCGGAGCUUCGGGAGACGAGAGCCCGGCGUCGGCGUCGGCGUCCAUGGAGGAGAACGAGCGGCAAAUCCCCGUGGACCCGGUGUCGCUGCGGCAGCUGGGCAUGGUAAUGACCGACGCGGACUCGCCGCUCUCGGCGCCGUCCGUGCUCACGGAGAUGGUGGCGCAGUCGUCGUCCCCGCUCCGCCGGCCCACCUUCGUCGGUGCCAGCCUCCCCUGCUCCGCCGCCUCCUCCCCUGUCCACAGCGCAGCCAAGCGGGAAGACGAUCGUAUCCCAGUGAUGCCGGCCACGCGGCCCAGCCUCGCCACGGUCACCGCCCUGCGCUCCCUCGCCCGGCAGCACUCCGCCGCGCUCGCCCACUACGUCGCGUCCCCGUCCCCGUCCGCGGCGCCGGUCGCGCUCACCAGGAGCGCGUCGCGCGCCGAGGGGAGGUCCAUGGCGCCGCACGACGACGAGGACGACGUCGGGACUGGUGUUCCGGAGCAGGAGGAGAGCUUCACGUGCGGCGCGCUGUGCAUGUUCAUCCCGGGCUUCUCCAGGAGGAAGCAGCCGGGCGCGGCAGGAGCCGCCGCCGCUGCCGUCGUGUCGAGCGUGCAGAGGCAGCAGUCGGCCACGGCGAGGCGGUCGCGGAGCAGCGUCGUGUCAAGGCUGGCGUCGCUGGAGAGGUUCGAGUGCGGGUCAUGGAGCCCGGCGCCCCCGCCCCCGCCGCCGCAGCCUGCCACGGUCGUCACGGCCGCGCACGACGUCGUGGCGAGCUUCGCGCUGGGGGCGGCCAAGGUCAGCAGCUGCGCGGCGUACGAUGACGAUGCGGACGCGCCGGUCAAGAUGGCGUUCGUGUUCGACGGCGAGCCGAUGGCUCCGAGGGGCGUCCUGAUGAUGAAGAAGUCGGCGUCGCAGCGGCAGGAGCCGGUCAUGAAGACGAUGGCUGCCUGCGGCGGCGAGCCGAGGGGGAUCCUGAAGAAGUCGGCGUCGACGCGGCAGCUGCAGAAGCAGGACUCGGACUCGGCGGCAACCCCUUGCAGGCCGUCGUCGGCGUCGCAGCGGCACGUCAGGUUCUCGACGGCGUCCCCGUCGUCGUCCCCCUGCAUCACGCCGCGCCUGGCGAGGGCCAGGGCGGAGUUCAACGCCUUCAUGGAGGCGCAGAUGGCCUAGAUUGUUUUGUUUCGCGGCGUGCCGCGCGUACGCGUGUUCCGUGCUUGUUUGAUUGUGCAUAUAUUGCACUUCAAGCAUAAACAGCCCCGCCGUUGAUUCUGGGGUGUUUCGAUGGAUAUAUAUACUCCCUCCAUUCCACAAAUAAUGUCACGCACUUAUUUUAAAAUUUUACUUU